CGCAUUCAAACAAUAAAUUGGAGGGAAACAGAAGAAUAAAAAAGCAAAAGUAAAAACCCCUUGGGACCAAACGCCCUGAGAUCUCAUUUGCUUGAACCAGGAGGUCGAGGAAAACCCCUUGAUCCGCAGCAAUGGCGGAAGCCCUGAGCCCUAACCCUAGGCCGAGAAUACCCAUGGCCUCCCGCAUACAGUCUCCAACUAGCCCUUUUUUCUUAGGCUCAAAUGACGACAAUCUCGAGCGGGCCCAGGCACGCGCCGCUCGCGCUGCAGCCAUCCGCCGCAAAUCUGUCGCGCCACAUGCUCCUCCUCCUUGUGAUCUGGAUCCAAUUCUCGGCAAAGAGCAAAUUCUCGAGCUGUUCCGCAAUUGCAUCAAAUUGGCUAGUGAAAAUAAAAUUAAUCAAAAGAAUACAUGGGAGUUGAGUUUGAUAGAUCAUCUAUGUGAUAUUAUAAAGGUCGAGGAAGAAAAUGAUACAGAGACGAAUUUUCAAAAGGCAAGUUGUACUUUGGAAGCAGGUGUUAAAAUUUACUCAUUAAGAGUGGAUUCAGUGCAUUCAGAGGCAUACAAGGUCCUUGGGGGCAUCAGCAGAGCUGGUCAAGAAAAUGAAGAUACCAUGAUGGAGGAUGCCAUUGUUCACAGUGAACAAGAUGAAGGUCCUUCAAAGAAAGAGACAGAGAAAAAGAUCUCUCCUUUAUUAACUCUGGAGUUAUCCUUUGAGGCUCUUAACAUAAAGAAAUUUGAUGUUGCGUUUGCUGUAGAUCCACUCUAUCAUCAGACAUCUGCACAGUUUGAUGAAGGUGGGGCCAAGGGUCUCUUGUUAAAUAAUCUUGGUGUUUAUGGUGGAUGCCGGGUGCUCUUUGAUUCUUUUGAGGUACCAGGAAAGGAAAUGCUGAGUCCAAAUCAACAUGAUAAAUCAGAAGUGAUUGAUCUAUCUUUUGCCAGAGAAUAUGUUGAGAAGAUGGUAUUAAACAUGCAAGCGAAGGAUGGGAUCUCACCAACUCUAGGGAAUAUAAUCAGUCAGUUUGAUGAAGAUAAUAGAAGGCCACCAGAUACCUUCUCAUAUGGCCAGAAAUCAACAGCUGAAGUUGAUACUGCAAACAAUGAAUUUGAUAACAGCAAUGAUACAUUUGAUUAUUGUGAAACUUAUGCUUUUGAUCAUGAUGACCAACCGAGUGUUAUUGAUGAGGACUUCAAUGUGGCAGAUCCAACUUUUACAAGCUUUACUGAGCCAGCUGAACAGUUUUCUACCCAAAUUGGUGAUAUAGAUGACAGAUUUGAAAGUGUUGAUGGGUAUUUGUUUUUAAGUUUGGGAUUUUCUUCUAUUCAAAAUGUUUGGGCUGGUCCUGAUCAUUGGAAAUAUCAGAAGGCUAAAGGUUCCAGGGAUGAUACUGCUAAAGAAAAUGGAGUCAUCUUAACAGGUAGGAAAAUCAGAAAUAAAAAAGAAGCAGAUUCUGAUAUUGAUUUCACAAAAGCCUUGGACAAAGAAUUCCCAGACAUCUUUGCCCCCCCCAAAAAUCCAAAGUCAUUAAUUCUACCUGCAAAGAGAGCACAUUUUAUCACAAAGCUUCCUGAAGAUUGUCACUUUCAACCAGAGGAUCUUAUCAAAUUAUUUCUUCUACCUAAUGUGAUGUGCACUGGUGGAGGAAAAAGAAAAUCACCUGGUGAAUCACGGCAUCAAUCUGAUGGGUAUGAACCAUUUCCUUCGUGGGUUGAUGAUGGAUGUAUAUUGAGUGGCCAAUUUAACGAUGGAAAUGAUCAUAGUGAUGUUGAAGACGGGAAUACCAUAGUUUGUCAGCCUCGGAAGGUAUCUAGAAUUGAGGUUCAGUAUGACAAAACCUCUAAACAAGUUGAUGUCCAAGCCCUGAAAGCAACUCUUUGGGACCACAUGCAACAAUCUCCACAAAUGUCAAAUGAGGGUGUAGAAGCAACCUUAUCUUUCAAGCGCCUCCUGGCCAGCUUUCCUAUUGAUUGUGGAGCUGCUGUAACCAUUAACGAAAUUUCUCCUCAUUUGUGUUUCAUAUGCCUAUUGCAUUUGGCCAAUGAGCAUGGAUUGAGCAUUCGAGGCUCUGCCAACAUGGAUGAUCUUUGCAUACAACUUCCUAGUGAUGGUAAGGGUACAAGUGAAGUAAUCUAGGACAUCCCUGCUUCUCCGUAAUGAUGUUUAACAAAUAAAUAGCUUACUACCCUGCAAUCUGCAUGCUAAACUUGGUGCUGUGAUCCCUAGUAGGUACUUAAUGAUUGUAAGACUGACUAGAUUUGUUUACCUCACGUCAAGAGCCUGCAGUGUAGCUAAAUUAUAUGAAUAUUUGCAAAGGAUUUAUUUCCCUUUUUUGGUGAACUCAGGUUUCUUACAUUCAAAAAUUGGAUGGAUAUACAUACCCUUUACUUAUAUUUGUCCGAUGACCUGUGCAUAUU